AUGUAUCUGCACUUAUGCUUGCUGCGGCAGCAGGGACUUGUGCCCGACGUGGUGGACAUUACACAGGCCUCUGCCAGCUGCAGAGGGUCCUGGUCCUGUGCCCUGCUCUGCGUUGCAGAGGUGGCCGAGCGCAAGUUGAAGGUCGACGUGGUCCUCCUGGGCUCCGUGCUGCACGUUCUGCGAGGUGCAUGGGUGGCGGCGGCCGCCCUGCUGGUGGGAAUGCAGGCUACGGGGCUACUGGCCAACACCGUGGCCGCCAACGCCGCGCUGGCCGCUGUGGGCCAAAGUGCCUGGGGCGCUGCGGUACAGAUGCUGACUGAGGUGCACCUUCGAAAUAUUCGGAGCUCGGUCGUCACCUUCAGCACCCUCCUUACCGCUUGCGGCGAUGGAGCUGAGUGGCGCCGCGCCCUGCGCCUGUUUGCGUGGGUUGCGGAAAGCGGCUUGCAAGUGAAUCUCAUCAUCUUUAAUGCCGCAGCUGCCGCGACCGCAAGCGAAGAUUGGAGAGGGGCCACCUUGCGUUUGGUGGGCCUGAGAGACCGAGAGAUGCCUGCCGAUGUCAUCUCCUACAACACGACGCUCAGCAACCAUUUGUCCAAGGACUGGCCGCGUGCAUUGCAGCUGUUCGCAGCGCUGUGUUUCCACGGGCGCCUCCGUGGAAACGCCGUCAGCUGCAACGCCUGCAUCAGUGCUUGCGAGAAGGGAGCUCGCUGGGAGCGCGCGCUGGAGCUUCUCGCCGACUCGCCGCCGCAGUGCAGGACGCCUGGCGGGCCCGACCUGGCCGGCGCCAACGCGGCGGGCAGCGCUUGCGGCCGCGCCGGCCUCUGGGAGUGGACCAGGCUUCUCUUUGAAGGCUUGACGGCCAGCGGUAUUCUUCCAGAUGGGAUCAGCCGUCACGUGGACAUCUCGGCUUGUGAGCGCGGCGGUACAUGGAAGCAGGCGCUGCUUCUGCACGCCCGGCAGCAGCGGGACCAGCUCCGCAGCAGCGCCAUCUCCUACAACGCGACCAUCAGCGCCUGCGAGACUGCUGGCAGCUGGCGUCAGGCGCUGACGCUCUUCGGGAAGAUGGAGGAGAUGGUGCGCUGUGAUGUCGUCACCUUUGGGUCUUUAGUGUCCUCUGUCGGGUGCACGGUUCAGUGGCGGCGAACGCUGGAGUGGUUGCGUUCCGCGCAGUUGCCAGGCCGCAGCACUACCAAGAUCCUGGGAGCCGGAAUGUCCACAACCGCUCAGGCUGCGCAGUGGCAGCAGACGACGGCGCUUCUUGCAGAGGCCGGACCUGACCCCGACGCUGCGGAUCUGGAGGCUGCCAUCACCGCGCUCGAGCGAAGUCACCAGCCUGUGCUGGCGCCACCGCUGCUUCAACGCGUGGACCUAGCUGGGAUCAAAGCCAUCCCAAGCGCGAUAAAACGGACGCCCUGGUGCUUGCAAAGCAGCAUGAGAGGAAUUCACUGCAACAUGGAGCCUUUUCCCUUGCGGCAAAACGCCUACAACAACCUUGAUGCGUCGCCCAGCACGCCAAAGAAGGGCCUGGCCCGAGGCUCUGCAGCUGCUCCUAUCCCUGGAGCAGCAGAACCUGCAACAGACGCUGCGGUCGUGGACAUCUGUCAUCCGAAAUGUGGGCGCUGGCCCGAGUCGUACCAGUUGCUGCAGGAGAUGGGAGCCAAGAGCGUCGUGGCCGAUGUCGUCGUCUGUACUUCCACCAUCAGUGCCGCCGCGCGCGGGCGCGCGAAGGAUCCAGCCCUGGCGCUGCUGGCACAGCUGCCAGCGCGCACGGUCCAGGCGGACGUCGUUGCCUACAACGCCGCCCUGGCGGCCACGGAGAAGCUCGGAUGCUGGGCCGACUGCUUGUGUCUGCUGCAAGCGCUUCAAGACGAGGAGCUGCAAGCAGAUCUCAUCUCUUACAACACCGCCAUCAGCGCCUGUGGUAAGGGUUCGGCGUGGCAGGUUGCCCUGCAGCUCUUUGCGCAACUUCCUGACAUGCAGCUCAAGGCACAUGGUGGGGAUGGGAGGGACUGA